AAGAAUGUUUUCUCCAUUUCCCACAGGUAUUUGAUUGUACAUCUUAGAAUUAAGGACAAGUAGUUAUUUGAGUUAUGUUAACAUUUUCAGGGAUAUUCUAUCCGGUUAAAAGAACUUGCAAACGAAAAUGUAGUCGAGUACCGUACACCAGUUUUCAAACAUUAAUCAUUGUUUUUAAGUUGACACACAUAAAUGUUAAAAUGGAGAUCAGCAAAUUGCGAUCGGCAGAAACAAACGAUUCAAACUAUAUAAUGAAUUGGGUUCUUCCCCGUAUGGGGUAGAACCCCAUUUUAUUCCGUGUUCUUUUCAAGUUCUGUUAAAUGAGUGUAUCAAAAGGAUUGUCGUUUACUACACACUGCCUUCCACUACGAGGAACGCAUAUAUUAAAACGACUGGAUCACAUGAGUUAUCGUCACUGAACAGCUGCACCAGUUUCCCGAUUCCAUAGAAACAUUUAAAAAAGGACAAACCAGCCAUCACGGAACUUCUGCUAUGCUGAUCAAAGUUCUAAGGAAACGAGACCGACCAGAUUGUCCUUGCAUGCAACUAGGGAUGCGGAAAGAAUGUUGUCACACUGUUACAGUUGUGAAGCGGAAGGUUGCUCCGGACGUUAGAAACUAACAAAUGGAACAGCAAAUGUAUUUUUUGUGCUGUUGUUGCCAAAGCGUUUCCCCCUCCUCCUCCUCCUCCUCCCUUCUCCUUCCGUUUCCAGUUUCGAGACUGCAUUUCCACAGGCUGUUGCUUCGUGUCACUGACAUCACGUCGACGGUGACAAGAACAUCGAGAGCGAGAGCAGAAGUGACUUUAAAAAUCAGACACUGCCCAGGGCUCGGCUUCGUCUGGGCGGGAUUACUGAGCGACCUUCGGGACUGAUCCGGUUUGGGAAAGGAAUAUGCCACGCUAGUGAAGGAUUAAUGUGUGGAAAAGGGUAGAAUUUGAAUGCGCGGCGCAUUGCCGUUGUGCUUGCUGCGAUAAACUAUGAAGAUGCGGUGAAAGUCUUCUGCACUUCAGGUUAUUACCAGGACAUCGACUGAAAGCGAUUCAAUUGAUUUUGGCUUCGACUUCGUGCUCCCACUUUUGGUCCUACAUUACACUUGGAAGGAGCGGAUUGGGAUCUGGCCUGAUCCCAUUGCAGUCCCCCCACCCCGGAAAACCAUUCCACUAAUCUGAGGCUCCUCAACUCCGAUUGACGUAGCGUUUUCUCUUCAUUUAUCCUCCUCUCCGCCGGCCAUCAAGUUUCCUGCCGAGUGGAUUUGUCUCCAACCUCUACAACCCGUACAGCUGAAAGCCUCUGUCCCAGUUCUGUCUGACGGCGCGAUGGGGAGUAUUCCUUAUGGCUACUUUUUCUGGCAGAUGCAUCUCUGUUCUCCAGCACCACCCUCUUACAAUUACACAUUGGACAGAUCAUAGCCACGGGCCGGGGCAAUCUUCAUCUGAUCCUGAUCAUCCUUACAGCUGCAGUAUUUGUGACCUUCCGAACUGCCCGCUUCCUAAUUUCUCCAAUCCAAUCCAAAUCCCACCCCCGUCCUAAACUCUAAACUUGACUGAACUACACAGGGUCCUGUUUAAUUGAAGUUUGCUUCACUCUCUUUAUAGUGCAUCUCCGCCUCCUUACACAUAAACACAUUUUGUGUGUGUGUGUGUGGACGGGACCUCCUUUUGCCUUUUCUCCCCGGUCUGGAUUUCCCCAACUGGAUACCACCUUCCUUCGCCGAAAUGAAGGCCUCCGGUGUGAGGAAGAUUUGGAAGAACGAGAAGGUGGAUGAAGCCCAGGCUUUGGCUCGGAGCUGUGCGGGGAGACCAGACUUCCAGCCUUGUGACGGCCUCUCCAUCUGUGCCACGCACAGCCAUGGCAAGUGCUUCAAACGGCACUGGUGUUGCCACUUAGGAUGGUGUCACUGUAGAUAUAUUUAUCAACCUAUGACCCCAGUAGAGCGUCUACCAAGCACAUCAAUCCCGAUCAGCACAAGCAGCCAUACAGAUACCAUCCAGCUGUCCAUGUCGCUGACAGAACGUUUUCUAAAGACUUCUUCCUUCCUCAGGCCUCCAUUCACACCCGACGCACCGAGGUACUGCACCAUUUCCAAACUUUUUGUUGACAGCUAUCGGGUCAAAAGGAUUAAUGGGAAGAUGUGCUAUGUUCAGCGUCAGCCUCAACCAGCCCCUGUUGUGCAGGACCAAAAGGCUGGAGAUUACGUCAGUCAGACGACCUCCGUUUGUUCAAAGGGGCCAACUAUGGCAGACAAGGUGACGGUCCCACAAAUGAACCAGUGCUCCUCACCAUCCGCCUCAGAGGAUUCUGGGAUAAAUGCUUUAGGGCUCCACUACCCAGAAUCAUGUGAUGAUGACACAGAGGAGGAUGAGGAUGAAGAUGAACUGAGUUCAGAUGAUGACUCUACUCCAGAGAGUCAGUGGGAUCCAGAUGAUUGUGCUUUGCUUUCUCCUUCUCAAUCCGCCAUGGAAAUUAUUGAAAAAAUUGAAACAACUGUUUAAGUUAAAGCAGCAAGGAAGCUUUCCUGCUAUCUUCAUUCAUUCCAGAUGAUACAGAUACAACCAAGGUUUAUGAAUUCCAAGAUAAGUUGAAGAUGUGCUCAGUAUUUAAUAUAAUUGUUUUGAAGUAAUUAAAAACAAAAACUGAUCAAAGCUUUCUCAAUUAUAAAAUAGACAACUAAUUAAAAUAUAAUGCAUGCAGAUGGUAGGUGAAUGAUUGCUAUGUCAACCUAGUGAUUUAGACUGUGGAAAGACCAAAGGGGCCAAGACUUUUGAAGCUACCAAGCACAAUAUCAAAGCUGACAACUUUUUAAUCCAGUACUUUGACUUUGGCAUUCUCAUAAUUUGAACAUCACACUCAAGCACAAUUGAACACACAGCAUCAUUUGUACAAGUCCAGACUGUGUUUCCCUCCUGACUUGGGGGCGGGGGGAUGGUGGGCUGGAAGUAGUGGGGAGGAGGAGAGAAGAGUAAAGACACAAGUAGAUGAUUUACAGUAUAUUAGGAUUAUUCCAAUCACAGAGAGAAUUACACAAAAUGUGCAUUCUGAAAAAAAAAUCACCUUUUCCUAAGUCACAGAUCAGUAAAGACAUUAGGAUCUAAAGUCUUGUUGUGCAACAUGUCAAAUGAUUCCAUCAAUCCAAUAAUUUGUGGAUAUAAUGCUGAAUGAGUUACAUUAACCCCGCAUGAAAAAGUGCUUUCAUUUUGGAGAUACUUGUAAAAUAUACAUUGUCAUUAACUCAAUAUUGAUUGUCAAGUAUUUUUCUUGAUGUUUACACUAUUAGGAUAGAUACCUUUGUUACAUUAUUUAACUUGCUCUGUGCUGUUUUGUAUUAUACAGAAGAUCAUAGCUAAAAUAAACUACUGGUUCAGGAUUUCCUCAGUUAGCAAUAAGGCUCAUGUUGAGUGCACCUUUUCAUUGAGACAGCAGAUUGUGCACAAUUAAACAGAAUUUUGUGGGGGAUGAAAAAUGAAACAGACUUUUGCCAAAUAUAUUCUUGAUUUGGGAAGCACUGAAUAGGACUCAUGGAACACCAUAUUCAAAUGACAUGCUUGUGUACAUAUUGAUAAAGGAGAACAGUGCCUGGUAAUUGAGUAAAUUAAAGAGGAAUUAAGAUUAACAAACUGAAAAUUUGGCACUGUGACACAAGCUAAAGUACUCAAAACUUCUGAUCUUUCUAUAAAUUUCAAGUGGAUUGCCCAAUGAAGGACGGAAUUAGAACACAAUAAUGUUUUUUGUUCAGUUGGUGCCUGCCAUGUGCAGUAUGGCUAAAUCUGUGUGCAAUCCAUGCUGCAAAUAACACCAAUCAUUAAUCCUAAUUGCAACAUAUUGGUAGACAUUGCAGUUGAUGAUCUGACUUUUUAUGUGUAUUUAAUCUGUCAAGGUGCGAUAUACCACCAGUCACUCAAUACCAGAAGCAAAGAAGAAGGCCAUUUGGCUUCCAAAUCUGUACCAACACUACAUGAGUCACACUCCCCCAUCCUUAUCCCAAAGUACUGCCAUUCUGUUCAUAAUCUUUAUAAUUCUACAAUUCAAACUGCCUCCAUUAUAAAAACAAAGGAGCUGGUUGUGAAUUGCAGGAGGAAUGGAGAUGGGCUAACCCCUGUUGACAUCAUUGGAUCUGGGGUUGAGAAGGUGAACAGCUUUCCACAUCACCGAGGUCCUCACAUGGUCCGUACACACCAGCUGUGUGGUGAAAAAGGCACAGCAGCACCUCUUUCACCUCAGACGGUUGAGAAGGUUUGGUAUGGGCCCCCAAAUCCUAAGAACUUUCUACAGGGGCACAAUUGAGAGCAUCCUGACUAGCUGCAUCACUGCCUGGUAUGGGAACUAUACCUCUCUUAAUCGCAGGACUCUGCAGAGAGUGGUGCAGACAGCCCAGUGCAUCUGUAGUUGUGUACUUCCCAUUCAGGAACAUUUACAAGGACAGGUGUGUAAAAAGGGUCCGUAGGAUCAUUGGGGACCCAAAUCAUUCCAACCAUAACCUAUUCCAGCUGCUACCAUCCGGGAAGUGGCACCGCAGCAUAAAAGCCAGGACCAACAGGCUCCAGGACAGCUUCUUCCACCAGGCCAUCAGACUGAUGAACUCAUGCUGAUUUGAGUGGACUCUAUAUUACAUGGACUGCUCUAUUUAUUAUAAAUUACUAUGAUUGCACGUGGCACAUUUAGUUGGAGACGUAACAUAAAGAUUUUUACUCCUCAUGUAUGAGAAGAAUGUAAGAAAUAAAUUCAAUUCAAUUCAUUUAAACCAUUGGCAACCCUUUCCCAUUUCUAACCACUCCCAAAUGGAGAUUUAUAUUUAUCAUGUAACUUUAGGUCCUUUUGCAAAUCACCUGCAUCAUGCGUUCCCUAUUUCUACAUCCUUUCCAUCAAUGGAAACAGCUACUCCAUCCAUAACCUUAAUAGCUUUAAAUGUUAUAUUCCCUCCCUGGUACAAAGGAGGACAUGAGAUUAUCGUGUCCAUCCAUAUAACUGAAGUCAUUUUCCCCAGGAAUUGUAUUUGUUAAUAUCUCCAUUACCCUGUCCAAAGCUUUUCCACCUCCUGUAGACUGUGGUGCCCAGAACUCCCACUGGAGCUAAAUCAGUGUUUCAUACAAUUAAUUUUGAGUUCCUUGCUCUUGUACCCUCUGCCCCAUUUAUGAGGUCCAAGAUCCUGUGUGCUUUUUUGACUUCUUCCACAGCCUGCCUGCCACUUUCAUGGAACCCUCAGUUCUCUCCAAUCUUGUCUCCCUUUUAGUUUUGUUCUUUUUACAUUGGCUUUUCUCAUUCCUUGAGCUCAUUACUCAGGUUUAGAUUUCAUCUGCCACCCCUUACCCACUUCACCAGCAGAUGGUAAUCCACUUGAAGAGCUCAUGCAGCGUCUGAGGAGACAAAGGGGUUGCCAAAGUUUCAGGUUGAGAUUGUGCAUCAGGACCAGAUUCCAGCAUCUGCAGUCCCUCAUGGGCACCCAGUCCACAAAUCUACUUAUUGCACCUUGAAGUCUGUUACUAUCUUAAGAUUUCACUACACUCCUAAAUUGUGUGUCAUCUGCAAGUUCUAAAAUUAUGCCCUGAAUAACCAGGUGCAACUCAUUAAACAUACCAAAACAAAACUUAAACCAGAUUUUGGGGACGUCCUUCACACUUAGCCCCAGACUGAGAAAGAACCUUUCAUUCCUCCUCUGUAUCUUCUUUAAUUCAGCCAGUUUUCAAUCCACAGUGCUGUAGUCCCCUUUGCUUCAAUCUCAACCCUGUUCUGUAGCACCUUAGCAAAUACCUUUUGGAAAUCUACAUCUAUUGCUUCAACUGCAUUCCCCUCUCUGUUACUUCAUCAAAAGAAUCCUUAAAAUUAGUUGGUUUUGCCUUUAACAAACCUAUAAAGGCUUUCUCUAAUCAACUCACACUUCUCCAAGUGCCUGCUAAUUCUGACUCUGAUUAUUGAUUCUUAAACUUUGCCCACUCUUGACAUUAAAUUAACUGGUCUGUAGUUAUCCCGAUGCCUUUUCUUGCAAUAAGUAUACACGAGGUAGACAGUUCGUACAUCAGAAUGUUUGCAACUUGUUUACAUAUGAACUAUAUCUAUCUGAUCAUUUGGCUGUGUCUAAUGUAGUCAGAACCAGAAAGAUUUCUGUUUUAAUAUUGUCCCAAUUUCAUCAAAAAUUACUGUCAUUAUAUCCACCCCUUUUUAAGAAUACCCUUAGAUUAUAAUGUCACUGUUGUAUCGUAUUUUGGAUGUAAUUAAAGGGGGUAAAUUAAAAGAGCAAAAUGUAGAGCGCAAUUUAGGAAUAAAUGUAUACAUGGUGAAGGCCAAGUAAUAGUGUGAAAUUUUAAACAUCCUAUGAUAAAGGAAACAUUCCUUUGAUUGAAAUUGUACAAGAUCAGGAACAACAGUGAUGAUCAGAGUCUAACUAUAAAAACUCCACUGAAGCAGAACUACUGAGGAAAUGCAAUCAAGUUUUUUAAGGCAAAUAGGGUAACCAACUUCAGACCUAGCAGGGGUUCUUUUAGUACAAGUCUGACCUAGAUAAUAUGUUUUUCAUGACUGUGAUAUUUGUUGUAAACAUGUCCGUGAUGAACUUCAGACAUAAAUGCACGAACUCAGUUCCAUCGUUUGAGAAGGGGAGGAUAUAUCAGAGGACCUCAGAACUAUAACUGAAUUCAACAAAGGUUUCAGAUCCAAAUGGGAAUUACAGAGGCAUCUCUCUGCUACUCUUCGUAGAAAAAUUCUUCACCAGGUACUCCUCAAUUUCCCAUUCUUACAGUGGAAUAAAAGACCUGCUCCUCAAAUUGCAGCCUGGAUUCUGUACAUCUUGAGGAUAUGUUUGUUCAGUCUUUCUCCCCACAAUAUUUUACCACACUUCCUGCCACAGUGGAACUGACCUGCAGGGCUCAUAUGAACCCUUAGGUUCUGUUGAUUGUUAAUGCAAGUGGCGCAUUUCGCUGGAGGCUUCAAUGUAUACGUGAUAAACAAGUGAACCUGAUUCUGAUUCUGAAAAUGUUCAACUGCACUGCCUCUACUCCAGCACCACGAUCACCGUAACUUCUGCAGUACACAGACCACAUUUGGAGGCCAAGUUUCAAGCCAUUCUCACAUCAUUUAAUGAAGGAUACAAGAGGAUGGGCAUUAUGUUGGACACACACACACACACCAGUGUUUUACCAACAUUGUAAUCUGACAAUGAAAUUUCACCAGACUCUGGAAAAUGUAGAGCACUUGUUAAAUUUUAGGAAUGCCUCUUAGUGAUCAGACACUGAUGAUGAAAUUUGCCAUUCUCUUCACAAUGCCAGGAUAAUAUAUUGGCCUACAAAAAUGACAAUUUGAAGUCAGGAGCCUGAACCCAGCACAAACCUGGCAGUGAGACUUGCUCUCCUGUGUGCUCCUGACUCUGGGACCAAACACAGUCAGAACCUCAGGAACAUCAGAGGGAUACCACCAAAGAUGUCUCAGCAAAUUCCUCUAAAUCUACCGUCAGGAGAAGUGAACCGUUCUCACUGUUCUCUCCCAAGCCAAUGUCUGCAACAUUAAUGUUAUAAUUACAUUCAAUCAGCUCCUUUGGGAAGGCCACACCAAUCACCUUCCAAAAUCAGGCUCCUAAAACCAUUAUUUUUUUGGUAGGAGAAUAUCAGCUGGAAACAGCCUUUGGACAUGGCCUUUGAAAAUCCUGAAAUGGAGAAGGGACAUUCAGGGUGGCAUUGCCAACUUCAAGGCCACUUCUUGGGAGUAUGCAGAAUCCCAGACUCAACCACAGAAGAAGUGAACCUCCUCAUCUGCUGUUCCUGUCAGGUAUCUCCUGAACCAUCUAUUGAAGAGACCAUAGGACCCAUAUUGGUCUUCUCUUUCACCCUAGAGUCCACGGAACAUGAGAGGAAGCAAGUUAUCUCUGAUCUCAAGGACUCCCUAAGUGGAAGAAACAAACAUACAGUAAAUAGCUUUAUGGUCACAUUUUUGGGACCAAACAAAGGUAUGUGCUUGAUGGUAUGUGAAGCAAAGAGGAUUUUAGGUAUAAACUAUACCUUCUACUCACUGUCAGCAAUGUGUACUCAUGAAUCUACAGCAGAAGAUGCUUCAACUCAUUUAUCAACUGGAGAUUGCCAAAGAAACCAUUUCACGAAGUCAGAUUCUUCUGUGCUCCCCUGUCCCACCUGUUCAAAAGUGACAGCAGCAUUUCAAGAGGACUGGCACAAAUAGCCCUGUAACAGGAACUUGAAGCCUCUGUUCAUCCUUGGAAUAGUCAUAAGAAGGGCAAUUGAAACCUGUGUAUGGGUGACAGAAUUACUCCACUGUGUAUGAUCUUCGCUGUCUUUAGAUACACUUCCCUUAGAGUUGGGAAGAAAAAAAAAACAAUUUUUUCACAACUGAUUACUCCCUAAUGGUCUUUGUGGGAAGUACAGUUCUGUGUAUAUCAUACAGACAUCAUAUCAGGUUAGAUCUUUUGCCUCCAUUAGCAACUGGAUUGCUUGCUAAAGUUGAUUAGUAAGGGUUACACAUGAAAAAAAUGAUGACUUCUACGUGGCCUUUUCUUGUGGAACCAUAGCUCUGUAAACAAUUCAAUUCCCUCAAUGAGAGGAGAGGAUGGGCUUUUAGUGAGAAAAGGGGAAAAGUAAGUAAACUGGUUGGCAAACAAGAACAUAAUUCAAAUCAUAGUCCAAAUACGUGGCAGUUGGAAAGUAACAUUGCUUUCCUAAUUUAGAUACUUCCAUGUUUACUUAUCUUUGUACCAAAGAAGCCUUUUACAAUUUGUAUGCUUAAAUUUCCCUGGAACUUUUAGAUACCUACAUGUGUCUAUGUCUAUGACCACAAUGCUAUUACAGUGCCAGUGACCAGGAUUCAAUUCUGCCACCCUCUGUAAGGAGUUUGUAUGUUCUCCCCGUAACUGCAUAGGUUUUCUCCAGGUGCUCCAGUUUCCUCCCACAUUCCAAAGACAUAUGGGUUAGUAGGCUAAUGAGUCACAUGGGCUUAUUUGAGCAAUGUGGACUUGUUGGGCUAGAAGGGCCUGUUACUAUGCUGCGUCUGUGAGUACAUUAAAAAAAUAAAAUUAAUGAAUUUUAGCGUAUCACUUUCCAACUCAAAUUCUCAUGUGUCUAUUUGAUCGUGGAUAUACUAAUUUUGGUGUUAUUAGAGUCAGUAUGUUCAAGUAUAGAUAAUAAUAAUGUUAAUUCGUACAAAUGUAAUCAACUGAUUUUUGUGGUUUGUUAAUAUUCAUUUAAUUAUAUAUAAAUUUAAUUAAAAAUAGCUCAGAAUUUUACAAGAUAUGUUAUUAGACAGAGGAUUCAAAGCCUAUGUGGAAACAGAAUCAGUCUAUUAGCAACAUAGCAAAAUGACACACAAUUUUACGCAGUAAUUAAUAAUGUUAUCCCUAUAAAUUUUAGACUUUAAUGGAAUCUUAGUGAUUAUAUCCUGUUAUAAUAUAUUCACAUAACUAAAUAUGCCAUGCAAUGGCAAAAUAAGGAAAUACAUAUGCAUACCUGUUGGCACUUUGGUAGAAGAAAUGAAAGGGUUCACUUUUUUCGUAAAUGGAGAGAAAAUACAAAAAAAACUGAGGUGCAAGGGGAUUUGGGAGUCCUUGUGCAGGAUUCCCUAAAGGUUCAUUCACAGGUUGUAUCUGUGGUGAGGAAGGCAAGUGCAAUGUUAGAAUUCAUUUCAAGAGGACGAGAGUGUAAAAGCAAGGAUGUAAUGUUGAGACUUUAUAAAGCACUGGUGAGGCCUGACUUGGAGUAUUGUGAGCAGUUUUAUCUUAGAAAGGAUGUGCUGAAACUUGAGAGGAUUCAAAGGCAGUUCACGAAAAUGGUUCCAGAAUUGAAUGGCUUGUCGUAUGAAGAGCGUUUGAUGGGCCCUGUAUUCACUAGAAUUUAGAAGAACGAUCUCACCGAAAUCCAUCAAAGGGUGAAAGGCCUUGAUAGAGUAGAUGUGGAGAGAAUAUUUCCUGUGGUGGAAGAGACUAAGACUCCGACGACACAGGGUGUCCUUUUCGAAUGGAGAUGAGGAGGAAUUUCUUUAGCCAGCGAGUGGUGAAUCUGUGGAAUUCUUUGCCACAGACAGCUGUGGAGGUCAAGUCUUUGUGUAUAUUUAAGGCAGAGGUUGAUAGAUUCUUGAUUGGUCAGGGCAUGAAGGGAUACGGAGAGAAGGCAGGAGAUUGGGGCUGAGAGGAAAAUUGGAUCAGCUAUGAUGAAAUUGCGGAGCAGACUCGACGGGCCAAAUGGCCUAAUUCUGCUCCUAUAUCUUAUGGACUUAAUAGUAAUCGUGUAGAAGCAGCUUCCAAAACCUUCAGCUAAUCUUACAGACCAACCCUGUCUAAUACUUGUGGAUUCUGGAUUUACACAUUUUUUUUAUCUUUCACAUCUAAAUGAAAUGAAGUUCCAAUUUGCAUGUGUUUUUCAGAGAGAAGAGAUGGGAGGUAUUCUUAACAAAAAGUGGAAAAGAACAUUUCUGUAUGUAUUACCAAAUUAGGUAUUUCCAAAUGCAAUUUUCUUGGCACAGGAGAAUUCAUUUUUUCACAGCUUGCAAGCUUUGCAAGAAUUCCCUGAUUCCAGGUAUUUUUGGCUACCAUUCUUUUUAAUAUGCAUGUUGUGAUUCAGACUUCAGAAAGUGGUGAGCUCAUUCCUUUGUCGGACUACCAAAUGUCAUUAACCUAAACCAAUACACAAAUUUAACACGAGCUCAGAAAUGUUUAAGGCUAGUUCCUGAGAAGGAUCGUGUUGAUAUUUAUCAUUCAUGUCAGCUUUGCAGCUUUGUUUUAUUUUUUACUUUACCAAAUCAUAAAGUAUUUGUCAUUUCCUCUCAAAAGUAAAAGAAAUCCCUUAUGAAAACAGAUAUAAAUAAUAAAUUGAAAUGAAGUUAUAAUACUGCUUAGAAUCCCCUUGCUCUGUCAGGCAGGCACCUCCCAGUCUCCACCCAGCAAAUAGGAGUCACCUGCUUCUCGUUUCCAACUCAUCACCUGCAGCCUAUUUACACCCCGUGUGCAUCUACAGUCCUCGUAUCAUUCAUUUGAACCAGCCAUCCUCAGCCACUGGCAACCUUCAGUUGCCUUGUCAUGUUAAGUAUCUGUUCUCUCUUGCUUUGUGGUCCUUCACAGCUUGUUACUUUGCAGUUUAUUGCUGCUCACCACUAAAUCAUUUCCACUGCUCUGCAUUUGGGUCGUCUCCUCUAAAUUUCCUGACCUGCUCCAGGAUUAGUUUGCUUUCCACAUGGAGUGACAUCUCAAUAAACUUUCCUAUUUUUCCUUCUUCCCCAUUAGACUCGUACUCUCAAAUGCACCGGGUAUACCUGCCAAGUUAAACAUCUGUUGACUAAAUCUAUUUGACCGCUAACUGUAAAUGGCUUCAAGAAGGUAUAUUUCCUUCAUGGGCAUCAAUGCGUUCACUCAGUCCUGUGAAGAAACAUUAAUUCCCAACACCAUCUCGCUGUCAAUCAAAGUACAUAAUACAAGAGCAAAAUACUGUAAAAGUUGGAAAUCUGAGGUAAAAUAGAGAAUAUUGGAAAUUACCAGUCAAACAGGCACCUUUUGUGGAGAGUUCAUGUCAAAGAUCUUUCAUCAAAAGUGGAAAUCAGUCAGAGUUAGAACAAGUCUUAAGCUACAGAGAAAGGUGGAAAGAAGAACACAAGGGGAUGAAUGAAAGUUUAAAUAAUCAAAAAGAAUUAUACCUUUUUCAAACUGAUCUUUCAUUAUUCAGUAAUCCCUUUACCAAUCAUUUUCACUAUCUGAUCUUCACUAAGUCUAUCAUCUUACCCAUCCUGCCUCCAACUUACCAAAAAACUUCCCACUUGCUUUCUCCUGCACUCUCCCUUUUCUCUGUACCUUGUAACUUGCCGAUUUUUAAUUUUCAUACUUCUGAUAAUAAGACAUUGCCUUGGAACAUUUUCUUGUUUAUCUCUCCAGAGUUACUGCUUGACCAGUUUAGUAUUUUCAGCAUGAAUUGUGUUGAAUUAAAAUUAAUUAUUCAAACACUCCCUUCCAACGUUCUAAACAAGGAGACCAUCCAUUUACAUAUUGAAUAAUCAAAGUAAUUGAUCUUUUGGAGAAAAUAACUCUUCACCAUCAAGUGUUAUGCUUCAAGUUUUCACUGAGGAAAUUAAUUCUCCUGAAUACAUUUGAAUCUUGAAUUUUUCAAUGUGUAAACUUCCAUUCUGAUAGUCCAGGUCAAUUUCAGUUUGCCAAAAUGGGAACUUUUUUGUUUACAGCUAAUGUUCAGAGAACAUAUGCAACAUUGCAAACUUUUCAUUAUAGACUUACUUUAGUGCUGAAUUAUAGGAAGGAAAACUGCUAAAUUGCUAAUGAAAGGAACCUUUGGAACCAACUGGGAACAGAUUGUGAAGGAUUGGAGAAGUAAUCAAUCUCCAAUCUUCACUCUGGUGUUUUUCUCACUUAAUGUGGCUUGCUGUACACAUUAAAAAUGUAUGUUGCUUGUUUCUAAUAAAGCCUCCAAUUCUUUCAUCCAUCUAAAGAUUCUUGCAAAUGAUAUAUAAAGUGCUAAAUGUGCAUGGAAUAAUAUUUGUCUCAUAAAGGAAAAGUACAAAAUAGGAAUGGGUUAUUAAAAACUUAAGUAAAAACACCAUUAGGAAGUAAACAUAAAUCUGAAAAAUGGAGUUAAAUUAAACCAUGUAUGAGUUAGGCAUGUGGUCACAGGCAUUUACAAAAAAGACUGUAUUUAGGAUGUGGUGAGAAAGUUCGUCAUAUGAUUCCAGGACAGAACAGAGGAAAUAAAGAAGAAAUGCUAACCAGAGAAUGGGAAAAUUGGGACUUUUGGAUUAAUUCAAGUUGGAAAUCUGAUGAAUAUUAAUGUUAGUGAUACAGUUUAUCAUGCACAAUAUUGUGGGCCAAAGGGCCUGUACUGUGCUGUAAUAUUCUAUGUUCUAUGUUUUAUCUGAAGAAGAGCAAGGCAUCUCAGUCACCACUUCUCCUUUUGGGCUUUACACCAAAACUUUAGACUUAGGGAUAUAAUAGCAAAGGGCAGAUCAGUUAUAUUAGCAUAGUGUUGCCAUGUGGUGUAGAUACAGCAAUGAACAGUGAGGAAUAUCUUCCUGGAAGGCUCAGUGCCACUUUGCCACUUUGAAUGCUACAUCAUAAACAGAUGUCCUAAGUGGGAGCCAUUGUGGAUACAAGGAAUGGAGCUAAUGAAGAAUGUAAACCUCUGGACUUCCUUAGGUUUCCUUCGUUUUGACAUCCCAAAUGAAAAAUUUAAUAGGAAUGGUAUCAUUGGAUGUUACAAGACAAAUGACAAUACUAAUAAAGACCAAUGAAGCACAGUAUCUCCCAGUGAUGGUAACACUUAUUAAUUUCACACAGCUGACCCUAAUGAACAUAUUAACUAGGAUAAUGGUGCAUUGUCUUUAACUGACUAUUCAGAGGGCAUUGGAACAAAAUCUUCCUUCAAGGGAACUAUUAACAUGAAGAAAAUCCAUCAACUCAGAGAAUGACAUGACAUGAUCCAAUGGCAAUGUUAAAGCUCCUUGAAUCCAAUCAAUUAAUAUACUGUAUCUGCCAAGUCACUCCUGCAUCACUUCCACCCCCUUGGUGGGGGUGAAUUAGAAAACUCUUUUCACAGUUCGAACUUGUUAAAUAGAACAAUAGAACUGAUUUAAUCUGAGCCUAACCAUGGGACCAUUUACAAUUAUCAAUUAACCUACCAGCUGGUACACCUUUGGAGUAUGGGAGAAAGCUAGAGUACCUGGAGGAAACCCAUGUUAUAACGGGGAGAAUGUACAAACUCCUUACAGGCGGUGACGGGAAUUGAACCCGGGUCACCUGUACUGUAAAGCAUUAUGGUAAGCACUACACCUUAAACUACCUCAAAUACUAAACUGAUCAAAUCCAUGCAAGGGAUGAAAGUGGUAACGUCCAUUUACAAAUUAGACUUUCCAGCUUGGAUUUGCAGUGGAUUACUCAAACAGGAAUCAUGGUUUCCAAGCAUGCUUGGUCCCUUGCCCGUAGCUUCCAUGGUAUUAGGAUGAAGGCAAAUACUUCAUAUCUUUUAUUGAGAUCAUAUACCAUGCUGACAUCCAAUUUCCAUGUUUACAGACUCCAGAAGCUUUCAGUCAAAGAUGAUAGUCUUCCAGCCCAUACUCUACACAAUUAUUCUCUGAGGAGCUGUGCUAGACCCAACCAAAACAGUAAUAGAAAAUCUUUACACCUUUGCUUUCAUGGCACAAUCUGUGAAACUUGCUGGCGUCAGCUUAAUUUUACCUCAGCUUACUCAAUUUGAUACCCAUGUACAGCAACCAAUGUUAGAUGAUUUUUCAUUUUCGGUAUUACAACUAUUUGUAAAUUCCUGUUGGAUCUUUGAGCUAUUUUGAUUUCCACUGGGGAAAAAAUCUUUAUAUAUAUAUAUAAAGCACAGGACUUUAACUCUAUAAAGUAUCACUUUCAGGAGAGAAGGGAAAUCAGAAAUGUGUUUCAAGAUUCAAGAUUCAAGAUCCAAGUUUAUUUAUUACACAUAUAUCAAAACAUACAGUGAAAUGCAUCAUUUGUGUUAACAACCAACACAGUCAGCAUGGCCCACAAGUGUGGCUACAUUACUAGCCACUACAAGCAAUAGAUUCUGGCCUUACCUGUGGCCUAUCUGAAUUAAAAAACUACUGGCAGUGAAUUCACAAUGCUGUUCUGAGUCAAGUUUACAAAAAAUGGUUAUUUGCUCAGGAAGAGAAUAUUGUUAACUAAUUCAGAGCUGCUGAAAGCAGACGCUGGACUCCCCUGUGGUUGCUCUGAGAUCAUUUACAAUUAAUCAAUAUGAAUCUCUGCGGUGCACUACAGUGAAAGCUUACUGCAAGUGCACUGAAAUCUUCUUUCAAAAAUGUAAUUAAUAUCAUGGGAAAAACAAAAUGUGCUUUACUUAUUAUUAUAUAAACUAAAUUUUGUUAUAUCUGACAGUUUUUUCAUUCAAUGAAAUUAGUAACUAAAUCAACUUGCCAUUAACUGAUCUUUAUCAAAUUUAUGGCAGAGGUGCUGCUAUUGUCAUCAGCUGCUCCAGGUUUGCAAAUAACCUCUUCCUCAAUGUCAACAAGAGAAAGGAGAUGGUUAUCAGAGAAUUUGCACUACUCACACCCCUCUUUGCAUUGGUGGCACUGAAGUGGAAACUACGAGCGGUUUCAUUCUCCUAGGAGCGCAUAUCUUGCACAAUGUUUCACCGUCCCAAGAACACAUUAUACACAGUCAGGAAAGCUCACCAACACCUCUACUUUUUUGAGCAGUCUGAAUAGAGCUGGACUAUGCGCAUCCAUUGUUGUAAUGUGAGCAUUAUUAAAAUUAAGUUAAUACUAAUUAGGAUAAUGGGGGGUUUUACUUCCGUUCUUUUUACUUCUAGUGGGCUUUGUAUAUAGUGUUCCUGCCAUGCCGUACGGGUUGUGAAAGCCUCUGUAUAUACAUAAUGUUUUGUUGUUCGGGAUAAAGUGGUUUCUUUGGGCAUGAAGUUGUCGAGUGUGCCUUUUUCAAAGCAGAAGUUACCACAUAUUUUUGGCAACGAGGUAAUCUGGUUUUGUGGACGUGUCAGCACGUUUCGAAUGGGAACAGCAGCGCCGGUAAGGAGCCUCAUGUUCAGAUGGCUACGUUUGGGACUAUUGUUGAAUUUGUGGAGGUUACAGAGCUGAGCAAAAACUUUUUCACCCAGAGAGUUAUGGGUCUGUGGAAUGCUCUACCUCAGAAGGCAGUGGGGGCCAAUUCUCUGGAUGCUUUCAAGAAAGAGUCAGAUAGGGCUCUUAAUGAUAGCGGAGUCAAGGGAUAUGGGGAGAAGGCAGGAACGGGGUACUGAUUGUGGAUGAUCAGCCAUGAUCACAGUGAAUGGUGGUGCUGGCUCGAAGGGCCGAAUGGCCUACUCCUGCACCUAUCGUCUAUUAUCUAUGAGGAAAGGUUGGGACACUUUUUCUGUGCUAAUGGAAUUACUGAGGAGGCUAAGAAACGCUCUAUUCUCCUGAGUGUGUGUGGGGCAAAGACUUACAAGCUAAUAAGCAAUUUAGCAGCACCACAGAAACCGGGGGACUUUCCAUAUGACGAACUGGUCAAGCUCGUGGGGAACCACUACAAUCCGAAACCUUCUGUGAUAGUCGAACGGUGUAAGUUUCACAGCCGUUUCAGGAAGCCAGGUCAGUCUGUGGCCAAUUUUGUGGCCGAGCUUCAGCAGAUGUCAGAGCAUUGUGAUUUCGGAGUGGUGUUCGAUGACAUGCUCCGUGAUCGAUUGGUAUGCGACAUUAAUAAUGACGGCAUACAACGCCGCCUGUUAGGGGAAACCCCACCACUGACUUUCAAGAAAGCCUUAGAGAUUGCCCAAGGCAUGGAGAUGGCUGCUAAUAAUGUCAAGGAUAUCCAGAAAGGACAUGGGGGGGUCGCAGUCGGUGACAGUG